UGUCGUAAAACGCCGGAUAUCCGGUUUCUCUGGGCGCCCUGGGAGCUGACGGAGAGGGCCGCCGCCCAGUAGUAGACUGUGUCUCCGCCUGCCAAGCCGCAGUCUCCGCGGUUUUUGAGUGAGCCCCGGCCCGGUCCCUUCUUUCGCCGCCGCCAUGGGGUGCACGUUGAGCGCCGAAGAUAAGGCGGCGGUGGAGCGAAGCAAGAUGAUCGACCGCAACUUGCGGGAGGACGGGGAGAAAGCGGCCAAAGAAGUGAAGCUGUUGCUACUCGGUGCUGGAGAAUCUGGCAAAAGCACUAUUGUGAAACAGAUGAAAAUCAUUCAUGAAGAUGGCUAUUCAGAGGAAGAAUGUAAACAGUAUAAAGUAGUUGUCUACAGCAAUACUAUACAGUCCAUCAUUGCAAUCAUAAGGGCCAUGGGACGGCUAAAGAUUGACUUUGGGGAAGCUGCCAGAGCAGACGAUGCCCGGCAAUUGUUUGUUUUAGCUGGCAGUGCCGAAGAAGGAGUCAUGACUCCAGAAUUAGCAGGAGUGAUUAAACGGUUAUGGCGAGAUGGUGGGGUGCAAGCUUGCUUCAGCAGAUCCAGGGAAUAUCAGCUCAAUGAUUCUGCUUCAUAUUACCUAAAUGAUUUGGAUAGAAUAUCCCAAACCAACUACAUUCCAACUCAGCAAGAUGUUUUGCGGACGAGAGUGAAGACCACAGGCAUUGUGGAAACACAUUUCACUUUCAAAGACCUAUACUUCAAGAUGUUUGAUGUAGGUGGCCAAAGAUCAGAACGAAAAAAGUGGAUUCACUGUUUUGAGGGAGUGACAGCAAUUAUCUUCUGUGUGGCCCUCAGUGAUUAUGACCUUGUUCUGGCUGAAGAUGAAGAGAUGAACCGAAUGCAUGAAAGCAUGAAACUCUUUGACAGCAUUUGUAACAACAAAUGGUUUACAGACACUUCGAUCAUUCUGUUUCUCAACAAGAAAGAUCUUUUUGAGGAAAAAAUAAAGAGGAGUUCAUUAACUAUCUGUUAUCCAGAAUACACAGGUUCCAACACAUAUGAAGAAGCAGCUGCGUACAUUCAGUGCCAGUUUGAAGAUCUGAACAGAAGAAAAGAUACCAAGGAGAUCUAUACCCACUUCACCUGUGCCACAGACACCAAGAAUGUGCAGUUUGUUUUUGAUGCUGUAACAGAUGUCAUCAUUAAAAACAACUUAAAGGAAUGUGGACUUUAUUGAAGAGUGUGGAUGGUAAUAAAAGUUAUUACAGUGUGGAGUGUUGAGACCAGACUUCCUUUGCUGCCUCAUUGGGCAGCUGCAAGCAUGAACGGGACCAGGGAAUGGCAGCAGCAUGCAGAAUCCUAGCACUCUUUUAGCACAAUCUUCUGUAUUAGGGAACUCUUAAUUGACACAAGAUGCUAAAGUCAGACAUUGGAAUUGGAGCAACUGUAGUAUGAUUUGAUCAUCGAGACGUGACUUGGAUUUCAUAGUCUCAAACGUUUAGGGCAGAUGUGAAGUUGAGGUGCUGCAUUCCAGAACUUCAAUAUGUAGCUUACUGUUUUUCUUCUUCCCUCUUGACCAACCACCAGUAGUUCAUUUUUUCAAGUUUUUUUUUUUUCAUUAAGGGAAGAAUAACUUCACUGAAUUUUAUUUUUUUGUGAAAGAACCUUUAUUAAAACACAAUCUUAACUAUGCACAUGAUGUGACCAGAUCAUCUUGAAAAUAUUCCUCUUAGUAGGAACACUUUGUUUUUAACUCUAGGUAUGGUCAGAAUAUAAUAUUUCCAUAAUAACUUAAUUCUUUUCAGUUAUUUGGGCUCUAAUUAUAGGUUUUUUGGUUGAAAUUUAUGUUACUAUCCUGCUCAGAGUACCAUUAUGGUUUCUAAAUGGCAGUUACAUUGAAGAAGUCUAUAAUAAGAUUCUAGCUCUCUCUUUUUUUUUAAGCUUGUGGUUGAAGGUUAACCUAGUUUAUGCUUAUCACCAAAUUACGAGAUAAAUGCUGAUGUAGUAUGAUAAAGUCAGCUUCUUGGAUACAGACACACCCAGGGCAGCUGUCAGUUAGAAAAGUAUAUUGCUAAAUUCCAAACAGAACCAGUGACUUUGCUGCUACAUAUCUGCUAAAUUGAUCACUUUGAUUCUUGCUUGUUUGUCUCAGUCAUAGGGAGUUCUGUAAAAGAUGCCCCAUGUUUUCCAUCUUCCAUUGGCCUUUUCUGUUGAGAAACAUCUGAAGUAUAUUAAAAGUGCAUGCUUUUACUUUGUAAAUGUGGUGCCAAAUCCCUAUUUGCCAUUGUUUUUUUUACUGUAGCAAUGUUGAUUGUAGUAAUCUUUAGUCAGUACCUUGUUUUGCUGAAACUGUGGAUUUGGGGACUUUUUUCUACUUUGUCGUGUGUACAGAUUUUUAAUCUGUUAUAGUUGACAGCAGUAUUAAAAUGGUGAGUAAAGAGUCCAGGUUUGUUCCUGUUUGUAAUUAGUCCUUUCUGAAAAUAUUUUCUUCUGCUGUUUUUUGCCCCUGCUGUGUGCUUAGGCCUUUGUCUGAGAAUGGGUUUAGGUAGAAGGGUUCUCUGAAGGUCUUAAGUCUUUUGAUGUAUAAGUAUUGUUGAGUCUUGGCCUGACUGAGGUUGUUAUGUCAUAUCUGUAUAAGUGAUGCACAGUCAAAACCCAUUUUCCAGAUUUACAUUUUGGUUUUGUGAAGAGCUCUUUUCACGUCAGCCUGCAGGUCCUUUUGUGCAGUGUACUGCAAAUGUCAUUAAAUAUUGAAUGGUCCAUUAGGGGAAGGCAGAUGAAGAAAAUGCAGUUUGAGCAUUCCAAAUCAGUAAUUUGAGUAGUGCCUUUUGGGGUCCAGUCUUUUUGGAUUGGAUUCUAUUUCAUCUUUUGAUGUGACCUUUCAGUAGUUUUAAAAAAAGGUUGGUGGUCAUCAAAGCUGGUUCAGAAAGUGAGCCACAGCAGUUCAGUGCCUUUAUUGGUAGGUUUUUUUCUUUUUGCUUUCUUGGGAAAAUUAUAACUCUGCAGGUGGUAUAACUAUUAUCUAACAACUUUUUUUUUUUUAUAACUGGCAAAACUGGGUCUAAAAGAAAGAAAAUUAUCAGCUUCAAUUGGUGAUUGACUUAUGCUCACAGUGUAAAUAAGGGAUCGUUCUUGUUCAUUUUGAAUAUAUCUUUUCCUUAUUGUAUUCUGUGAUGUAGAAUCAUUUGGAAAUGAGAACUGGUAGAAUGUUACUUUAACUGUAGUUUUUCUAUAGUCUGGGCUAGUGGGAUAGUGUUGUUGAUAACCCAAAACAAGAGAUAAUCCAAAAAAGUUAAUUUAACUUGAAAUGCAUUUUGUAUUUUCAUUUGAAUAUGUCUAUCUGAUGUGUUAAUUUUUUAGCUUUUUCAUUAAUGAAAAUAGUAAUUCUCUACUUUUUUGACUUUACACCAUUUACAUUUGUCCUACAUUUGUGAGGAUCACCUCUUACCCCUCCAUCCCAAAUAAUUUAUCAAAAUGCACAUUCGUUGAGGGCACAGUUUCAGUCUGUGGUUUUCAAAUAUGCCUUCAGUCAAAAUCACCUGGAUCCAUCUCAGAGAUUGACUCUUGGCUGGUGGGCUAGCAGUCUAUAAUUUUAAAAAGGUGAUUUUGAUCUGAUGAAUCUGAUGGUCUGCCUUACAAACCACUAUUGUGUUUUGAAUUAAAAGAUCUUUUCUUAUAGCAGAGCCAAAAUGUGGGGUGACACAUCAUAUCUACUAGCUUGGAGAAAAAGAAUUGAUAUUUGUAAUCAAAGAAAUGAAAAAUUGCCUGUAUCUUUUUGGUGGAGAAUACUGAAAAUUUUUGAUGUAUCAUGUUUCAGAAUUUAGUUGGCCAGGCUUUGGACCAUCUAAGAAAUCAGCACAUCUAAGAAAAUUUAAAAAUUAAAUAACAAUAAAUAGCCGUUAGCAGGAAGGACUGUAACAGCAGCUUUAUUUUGUUGACAGUCACAUCUUAGCCCCCUGAUUAAAACUCUGGGGUGUAAAAUUGCCAUCUGUUACGCUCCUAUGUAAAGAGGAAGAAUUCUGCUCCUUAAUGGUCAGUCUUAGGGAAUAAAUCACCUUACAAUUUCAGCUUUUCAACAGAUUCACCUCCUGGCAUGACAAUUCUAAGAACUGUUAGAGUUAUUCAUAAGUGGAUCUUGAAGUAUCAUUUUUGUCUUGGAUGGUUUGACUCUAGACCUCUAGUUCAGUGCAUUGUACCUGACAGGUUGUGACUUUUCACAAGGUGCUGCUUUCGAAGAAUAGAUGGACCACAUUUUAAAAACCUGUUUCCUUGCCUUGUUUAGUUUUUAUUCUCUUAUGUAUUCUAUUUGUGUUUUAUUAUAUACACAUUUUGGAGUAUUUAAAAAUAACUGCUGGUUCUUC